AUGCUGCCGUGGGUGCCGCAGGUGCUGCUUGCCUUGCUUCUGCCCACGCUCCUGGCACAGGGAGAAGCCAAGCACAGGCGGGGCCCCCAGGCCAGGGACGCCUCCAGGCCAGCUCUGCUGCGGCUGUCAGAUCACCUCCUAGCCAACUACAAGAAGGGUGUGCGGCCUGUGCGGGACUGGAGGACUCCGACCACGGUGUCCAUUGAUGUCAUCGUCUAUGCCAUCCUCAACGUGGAUGAGAAGAAUCAGGUGCUGACCACGUACAUCUGGUACCGGCAGUACUGGACUGAUGAGUUUCUCCAGUGGAACCCUGAGGACUUUGACAACAUCACCAAGUUGUCCAUCCCCACGGACAGCAUCUGGGUCCCAGACAUCCUCAUCAACGAGUUUGUGGACGUGGGGAAGUCUCCAAAUAUCCCGUACGUGUAUGUCCAGCAUCAUGGAGAGGUCCAGAACUACAAGCCCCUCCAGGUGGUGACCGCCUGUAGCCUCGACAUCUACAACUUCCCCUUCGAUGUACAGAACUGCUCACUGACCUUCACCAGCUGGCUGCACACCAUCCAGGACAUCAACAUCUCCCUGUGGCGCCUGCCAGAAAAGGUGAAAUUGGACAGGAGCAUCUUCAUGAACCAGGGCGAGUGGGAGCUGCUGGGGGUGCUGAGCCAGUUUCAGGAGUUCAGUAUAGAAAGCAGCGACUGUUACGCAGAGAUGAAGUUCUAUGUGGUCAUCCGCCGGCGGCCCCUAUUCUAUGCGGUCAGCCUGCUGCUGCCCAGUAUUUUCCUCAUGGUCAUGGACAUCGUAGGCUUCUACCUGCCCCCGGACAGUGGCGAGAGGGUCUCCUUCAAGAUCACGCUCCUCCUGGGCUACUCGGUCUUCCUGAUCAUUGUGUCCGACACGCUGCCGGCCACGGCCAUCGGCACGCCCCUCAUCGGUGUCUACUUCGUCGUGUGCAUGGCUCUUCUGGUGAUCAGCUUGGCCGAGACCAUCCUCAUCGUGCGGCUUGUACGCAAGCAGGACCUGCAGCAGCCAGUGCCCGCCUGGCUGCGGCGCCUGGUCCUGGAGAGAGUCGCCCUGCUCCUCUGCCCAGGGGAACAGUCCACCUCCCGGAGGCCCCCAGCCACCUCCCAGGCCGCCAAGACCGAUGACUGCUCAGACAUGACAAACCACUGCAACCAUCUGGGGGGAUCCCGGGACUUGGAGAAGACCCCGAGAGGCAGUGGCAGCCCUCCCCCACCGCCGCGGGAGGCCUCCCUGGCGGUCCGUGGGCUGCUGCAGGAGCUGACCUCCAUCCGGCACUUCCUGGAAAAGCGGGAGGAGAGCCGAGAGGUGGCCCGGGACUGGCUGCGCGUGGGCUUCGUGCUGGACAAGCUGCUCUUCCGCAUCUACCUGCUGGCGGUGCUGGCCUACAGCGUCACCCUGGUCACGCUCUGGUCCGUCUGGCAGUAUUCCUGA